GUUUUGACAUGACCAGGACGUUUUGAAACGCAUUAUGUGAAUAAACGGUAGUUGUGAGUGAAGUGUACAAGUUUUUGUUUUAUGGAACAAAAAUGUUGAAAAGAGUCUUGAUUUUUGUAGCCCCAAAAAACAAAUGGAAACAAAAAAAUCAAAAACGACAAAAACAACAACAGCGAAAACAAAAACAACAAGAAAAUGAAAGAAAAGUAUAUGAAAGCAAGUAAUGAAAAAAGGAUUAAGAAAUAAUAUGGUUACAGCUUUUUUACUACAAAGAAAAACGGAAAUUGUGCGUGUUAAUGUAUUAUGGUGGAAAACGACAACAACAGCAACAACAAAAAAGGUUUAAACUACUGGAAAAAGUAAAAGAAAAAUAAAAGCAACAACACUCAUAAAGCCGUAGAAGAAAAAAAAAGAAAAUCGAUAAAAGAUAAAUUGUAUGCUCACCUAAAUGUGAGAAAAAAAUUAAAGAAAGCAAAAAAUACACAAAAAAAAAUAUAUAAAAUAGAAAAAAAACGACAACAAAAUAAAUACAUACAUACAUAAGUACACACAGAUACACUUGUAUUCGGGUACACAAUUACAAGUGUGUAGAUGUAAAGAAUGAAUUUUUAUAAGUUUUUAUAUGAGUGUAUUUAUACAUAUUAUACAAGUGUUACAAGUAUGAAUGUCUCUAUAUAAAAGUGAGUGUAUAUAAAUGUGUAUGUGUGUUUUCUUUGCAUUACAUACACAUAAAUUUAAAACAAUAAAAAAAGAAAUAUAUUAUUUGUAUGUAAUUAGAUGAAGUGCAAAUGGAACAAAAACAACAAAUGCGGCAGCAUAUAAAAUCAUAAAAAUAAAUAAAAGAAAAUAAAACAUACAACAAACUAGAGAGACGUUUAAAAUAACUGAGAAAGAGAGUGAGUAGUGAAGCCAACGGAAAUCACAUUAACACAUUUUAAUGAUUAGACUAUAAAAACGCUAAAAUAAUAAAACAAAAAAUUACAACAAAAUAUGCUAAUAACUAUAAGGGUCGUUCUAUGGAAUCCAUUUAAUACUAAAAAUAUACAAAAAUAAAUAAAUACAUAUACGAAAUAAUAAUAAUAAUAAUGAAUGAAAAAAAAUUAUACAUAUACAAACAAAAAAAAUAUAAAAAAUAUAAAAAAAAUAAUAAAUAAAUAAAACAGCAAACCAACAUCAGCAGAGCAGCAGCAACAUUUAUUAUUUGAUAUUUAUAAAUAUUACAAAAAAUAAUCGCAUAAAAAAAGUAAAAUAAAAUAAAUACCUAAAUAUACUACAUAAAAAAAAGAAAUUAUAAACUGAGGAGACAUAAAUAUUAACAAAAAUAUGAAGCCAAUUGUAAAUGAGUGUCAAUUCAAAUUUCAAUAUGCAAAACAUCAAAAAAAACCUUAAAAACAGAAGACGACCAUUAAAAACAUCAACAACAACGUCAACACCAGCUCUAGCAGCAAUAACAACUAUUAAAAUAUAAAAUAACAACAAUAAUAAUAAAAAUAAAAAAAAAAACAAAAAAUUAUUAACGACAAAAAAAAAACAAAUAACAUCAACGUCAAGUAAUAACAACAAAAAAACAUGUUAUUAACUAUAAAUCAUCAACAUUAUCAUCAUCGUAUAGGAAGUUUGAUUAAUAUGCAGCUAUUAUUUCUCAUCUUAUUGGAGAUGCGUAUAAUAUACGGUGAUGUGUCCUCUCAUUAUUGGGAAACUCCAUAUUCUCAACCCUAUUUUGACAACUCAUCCAGACGAGAAGUCACUUCCAUUGUGGGUCAAGCAGCAUUGCUCCAAUGUAGAGUUAGAAAUUUAGGUGAUAGAGCGGUUUCAUGGAUACGCAAACGUGACUUGCACAUACUGACUGUGGGCAUAUUAACAUACACCAAUGAUCAACGAUUUCAAUCUUUGCACACCGAAGGUUCAGACGAAUGGACAUUGAGAAUAUCAUCGCCACAACCUCGAGAUUCCGGCACGUACGAGUGUCAGGUGUCAACUGAACCAAAAAUAAGCCAAGGUUUCCGUUUGAAUGUUGUGGUGUCUCGAGCGAAAAUACUUGGUAAUCCUGAAUUGUUUAUCAAAAGUGGCAGUGAUAUUAAUUUAACAUGCCUUGCUAUGCAAUCACCCAUUCCGCCUUCGUUUAUUUAUUGGUACAAAGGAAAACGUCUAAUGAACUAUUCGCAACGUGGUGGCAUCAACGUUAUAACCGAACGAACAACACGCACAAGUAAAUUAUUGAUUUCAAAGGCAACAUCAGCAGAUUCUGGGAAUUAUACAUGUUCUCCCAGUAGUUCUGGUAUGUAAUUAGACAGACAUUAUUUUUU